UACCAAAGUUUUCUUCCACACAAUACAAGUUGUUACUUGCCCUCAUGCUGGCGACAAUUUAUCUGCGCCCCUUCAAUUUUAUUUUUAAAAUAAAGUCAUUCUUGCAUGUGGAAACUGGCGGAUUGUUUUCAUUUUCAACAUCACUCCUGUGAAUAGAACAUCCAGUGAUACUAAACAAUAAGUGUUUUUCGAGAAAAUGCAAAAGAGUUUGCGUUUCAUUUCAUUGAACAGGAAGAGAACAGCACUACAGGUACAACCUCCCAGGAGGAGGGACACACGCACACACACCAUCAUCCUCACCAAACAAGCAGGUGAGGAGGUGCUACCAACUACAGACCGCAAAGCCGAAAGGUCUUGCCUUGUCCAGCCUCCAACCAUGAAUGGCGAGGCAGCUAGACUCAGAGCCUCAGGGCCGCGUCACAGCCGUUGCCAGGCGCCUCCGAAGAAGACCACAUCUCCAGGUCUGUCCGGGCCAACGUACCUUCCACCCAUAUGUGUCUAGGAGACGGCAGGUGGAUGGCAGGACCCAGCCAGAAGUAGCGAAGCCAUCGUCUUGGACAUGCCGGCGUCGGCGUACAUUGCGCCCCGGGCGCCCACGCUCUAUGUUGCAGCCCUCAUCACAGCAUCGCAUUACCAGCAAGCCUCGCCGGAAAGACCGGGGAGGCCACCAUCUCCAGCUGCUGCAUCGGGGACUCCAAGUGCGACCCAAGCAGCACCUUCAAGAAGGAAACGGUGCUGAGACGCCGGCGCUGCCUUGUCCAGUAAACGGGACCAAGGGUUUCCCCCGGUGCUUGAGGAGAGGGUCCAGUCCGGACCAUGGCAGUGCCUCCAUGGAGGUAACGGCACCCUCAGGUGUCGCCGUUGUCAGCGCAGGCCAUCGCCGCGCAGGGAUCCCGCCCCGGCCCAAGACCAGAACCACAAAUACUGCCGAAGCAGAGCAGACAGGAGACGGGGAAGCAGAUCGCCGGAGAGGACCACCAGCACCGAGAGGGAAACCACGUAUCGUCACCGUCGAUGUAGGGAAGCACCGGCCAGCGCAGUGCAGCAGCCGCCGGAUGGCUGCCAAACAAGGCCAGCCACUGCAGGGGGACGUGUUGAGCAGGGCUAGUGGCGCCGUCGUGGGGACCUGCCACCUGCACCUUGCCGCCGCCGACCAUGGCCGCCGCCGCAGCGGCCCGCAGCCUCCGCCACCUGGAUCUGCUGGGGCACAGCCUAGCAGCCGCAGCCGCGCCCCCAAAGGGUUGCGCCGUGCCGCCCGCGUGCUCGCCACGCCAGGUCCAGAGGCCCGACCCUCUGGAUCUGGGGCCGCCGUCGCAAAACCCUAGUCCCGGAGAAGCACAGCUCCGUCAGCUUCGUCGAGCCCCACGCUCGAGUGGGGAGGCUGCCUGGGAGCGAAGUCCCGCCGCUGCCGGAUCCGCUAGGGCUUUGCCCGGCAGGGAGCACCGGCAGGGGGAGGGGGAGGAGGAGAGGAGGGAGCG